GGAACCCAAGCCUAUAACAUAGGCUGCUCUAGCUUAACAGGGGUUGGGCGGCACAGAUCCUCACCCCCUGGGUCUCCUCUUACCCAUCAUCCCAACUCCUCUAAAGCCUGUGCGCCUCUAGUCUACAAAGAUGUAGAGACAGGGUGACUGUGAAAUGGGGGAGAUCUUGGCGGGGCAGAGGACGUGGGAUCUCAUUGUCCUCCCAGCCCUCUGACCCUCUCAGGAAGCCCCUCAAAUAAAAGCUGAAUCUUAAAAAAAAAAAAAAAAAGGGAAGGGGAAAGAGAGAUGGACUUAGCAGUGAGAGAGACAGAAAAUCAGAUGGUGCACAGAGAGAGUGCGAAGGAGGCACCAACAGCUAGAAGAGGAGAUGGAAUUGGUGGCCAGCGGAGUCUGGUGAAAGGGGGGACAGGCAGAGGUGGGGGCUGGGGUAGGAAGAGAUGGCAUUUUUCAGGGAGCAGUGGCUCCCGGGGCACAGGGGACUUCGAGGAAAAUGUGCCAGGACCCACCAGCAGAAUGAGGUGGGCAGGUCUCAGAGGCUGCAGGAAGUUGAGGGCCAGAGCGGGGCACCUUCCCACCCCACUGGCCUUCUGCCCCAAGUUCACGUGCGAGUUAGAGAGAGAGAGAGACUGCUGCAAAGCCAGGCCUGGUGCAAGGUGGGGUACAGGAAAAGGGACCCCAGAUCUGUGUGGGAGGAUCCAUUCCCUGUUUGGCCGCCAGAGGAAAAGUGUGGCCUGAACCCUCAAGGCCUUUACUGCGGCCUAAGGACAUCUCACCCCACGUGGCAAGGGGGCCUGCUGGUGGGUUCCCUGACCCUGCCUCUGCGCGCCUGCACCGCCUCUGGCCCUGCCCGCCUGUCCAGCCGCCUCGCUAUUGGCUGCACCGUCCGGGGAGCACCCGGCGGGGUAAUUAACGAAAGAUUAAUGAGAGCCCCAAAGUCAACAGAAAAAUCAAUGGGCCGCGGAGCCCAAGAGGCGGCUGCGCAGUCGUGCGGGGGAAGGGCAUCGGGGGCAUUGCUCCCAGCGCGGGGGCCUCACCUGGACGGACGAUCAGCGCUGCUGUGGUCAGCCUGCGGCGAUGCCAGCCCCGGCCUCAGCCCCUACUGAAGCUCUACCAGUGGUCUCUCCAGAAGCACAGGAGCCUGGCAAAACUCCGGCCAAGGAGAGCCAAGCAGCCAUGGGGGCUGAGGGGACAAAGGCCCCUGCCCCACCGGUCCAGAAAUCCUGGCUGGUGAGGCAUUUUUCACUGCUGCUGCGGCGGGAUCGGCAGGCCCAGAAGGCCGGGCAGCUCUUCUCGGGGCUCCUGGCCCUCAACGUGGUGUUCCUGGGCGGCGCCUUCAUCUGCAGCAUGAUUUUCAACAACGUGGCCAUCACGCUGGGCGACGUGUGGAUCCUGCUGGCCACGCUGAAGUCCCUGUCCCUCCUCUGGCUCCUCUACUACACCGCUGGCACCACCCGCCGGCCACACGCCGUGCCCCACCAGGACCCUCACGCGGGACCCAUCUGGGUGCUGGGCUCCCUGGUGCUCUUUGGCAGCUGCACCAUCUGCCUCAACAUCUUCCGCGUGGGCUAUGACAUCAGCCACAGUGGCUGCAAGUCGCAGCUGGAGCUCAUCUUCCCUGCCAUCGAGAUCAUCUUCAUGGGCGUCCAGACCUGGGUGCUCUGGAAACACUGUAAGGACUGUGUUCAGGUCCAGACCAACUUCACUAGGUGUGGCCUGAUGCUGACCCUGGCCACGAACCUGCUGCUGUGGCUUCUGGCUGUCACCAAUGACUCCAUGCACCACGAGAUCGAGUCCGAGCUCAACACCCUCGUGAAGAAGUUCUCAGGCAACGACACCAACACCUGUCUGUGCCUCAAUGUCACCAUGUGCAAGGUCUUCCAGAAGGGCUACCUGAUGCUCUACCCCUUCAGCACCGAGUACUGCCUCAUCUGCUGUGCUGUGCUCUUCGUCAUGUGGAAGAACGUGGGCCGCCGCCUGGCAUCCCACGUAGACGGCCACCCCAGGACCCCACCCUUCCACCUGCACGGAGCCAUCUUUGGGCCGCUACUGGGCCUGCUGGUGCUGGUGGCAGGCGUGUGCGUCUUCGUGCUUUUCCAGAUCCAAGCCAGUGGCCCUGCCAUCGCACGCCAGUAUUUCACCAUCUACUAUGCCUUCUAUGUAGCCGUGCUGCCCGCCAUGAGCCUGGCAUGCCUGGCGGGCACGGCCAUUCACGGGCUGGAGGAGCGAGAGCUGGACACUCUCAAGAACCCCACCCGCAGCCUGGACGUGAUGCUGCUGAUGGGCGCUGCUCUGGGCCAGAUAGGCAUCUCCUACUUCUCCAUCGUGGCCAUCGUGGCCACCCGCCCCCACGAGCUGCUCAACCGCCUCAUCCUGGCCUACUCGCUGCUGCUCAUCCUGCAGCACAUAGCCCAGAACCUCUUCAUCAUCGAGGGCCUACACCGGCGCCCACUCUGGGAGGCAGCGCCCGAGAGCCUGGCUGGGAAGCGAGAGGCUGAGCCGCCCCGCAGGGGAUCCCUGCUGGAGCUGGGCCAGGAUCUGCGGCGGGCUUCAUUGGCCUACAUCCACUCCUACAGCCACCUCAACUGGAAGCGGCGGGCCCUCAAGGAGAUCUCACUCUUCCUCAUCCUCUGUAACAUCACACUCUGGAUGAUGCCCGCUUUUGGCAUCCACCCGGAAUUCGAGAACGGGCUGGAAAAAGAUUUCUAUGGCUACCGGACGUGGUUCACCAUCGUCAAUUUUGGCCUGCCCCUGGGCGUCUUCUACCGCAUGCACUCUGUGGGGGGGCUGGUGGAGGUCUACUUGGGGGCUUGAGGGUGCCCAGGGAACCCACCCUCUGCAGAACCCCAAAGUGCCACAGCCAGGGAAAACAUAUUCCAGAUGCCCUGUUCCAGGGGGACCUAGACCAGCCCGGGUUCCCCAGCACCACCUCUUCCCAGGUGCUCUCUGAGAAGGGGGCUGUCUGCACACAGCCCAAGGGCAGGGCCACGACACUGAGCUGCUGAUGCCCAUGCCCACAACUGUGUGCACACCUGCCCCGAUUCACCACCUCAAUCAGUGUAGCCAAGAAGCCCCAGCUACUCUCCGGGAAGUUCAGCCCUAAAUGAUUGAGUUCCAGGGAGCCUGGGGAGGGGGCCCUACCCAGCUAGGCCUCCGCAGUCUGCCUCCUGCACGGGCCAAGCUCAGCCCAGGACAUCUGGAAGCUCGUGGCUCAGCAGGCAAUGCUGCCCUUCUCUCCCCACAUGCUCUGUUCCCUAAUGAGCUCAUUAAUUAGCUGCUAGGCAGGGUUCAACAGCUCUCUCCUGCUGCCAUAAACCCUGUUUGUUUGAUCGAUUACAUUGGGCUUCGUGGCAUUUAUUCUUGGGCACAGAGCUGCCACUCGGCAUAUGGUGGGAAGGGACAGUCCUCCUGGGCUGGUCUAUAGAGCUGGGACAGUCCUGUUUCUGGGCCAGGAGGGGUCUACACCCUUUGUCUGAUCCACGGGAGGAGGGGCAAGCGAGGGACCUGAGGCUCUCGCAUCCCCCCACCCCUCGCCAGCACGCCUUUCCCCCAGGACAGAGCCCCGGGUGCUUUCUGUGCCCACUCAUCGCCAGGGCUGUGGCCUCUGGCUGCCUAGUCCCCAGGCCUUUCGGAUCCUCUGAACCAUGGGGUGGGGAGGAAAGGCACUGACAGCCCAUCCAUCUCUCUCAGCCCAGCGCAAACACUGGCGAGGCCCAGGG